AUGAACUUUUACCCACCUCCUCCCGUGAUCAAAGCAGAGAUUCAUCUGCGCAUCCCGGACGACAAGCGCUGCUUGGGUCAAGAGUCAGAAUGGCGCGGGGGCUUUGCGGGGUCAUUCCAGCACAUCUUCCUUGAGGGACCCGUUGUCGACAGCGCUGGGAAUCUCUAUGUCGUGGAUGUUCCUUAUGGUCGCAUCCUCAAGAUUGAUACCGACAAAAAUGUUAGCGUUGCGUGCACUUGGGAUGAAACAGGAAAGAUCGGUCCAAAGUUGACGAGGAAGAAUCUCGAGCGAUUCAAGGGGCCUAAUGACUUGAUCGUUGACUCCAAGGGCAAUCUUUACUUCACAGACCAAGGCCAAACGGGCAUGACAGAUCCAACAGGCCGCGUCUACCGUUUAUCCCCAGACGGAAGACUCGACACACUCCUUGACAACGGCCCUUCACCAAAUGGCCUCGUCCUCUCACGAGACGAGCGCUUCCUCUACGUCGCCAUGACACGCGCAAACCAAGUCUGGCGCCUACCCCUACACGCAGACGGCACAACCUCCAAAGCCGGUGUGUUCUUCCAGUCUUUUGGCAAUGCUGGUCCUGAUGGUCUGGCCCUUGAUGAAGAAGGCAAUUUGUUCAUCUGUCAUCCAAGUCUUGGUUCAAUCUUUGUGGUGGAUACGCAUGGGAUACCCAAGGCUAGGAUUGUUAGCGGAUCACCGGGGAUUAAUUUGACGAAUUGCUGUUUUGGAGGUCCAGAGCAUAAGACUUUGUUUAUUACUGAUAGUUUGGAGGGCAAUAUUCAGAAGGUGGAGUGGCAUUGUCGGGGAGCUGUCGCUGCGCCGGCGCUGAAGCAAAGCAAAGAGUAA